AUGGCCGAGUCCAAAUCUCGCAAGUUCGGCAAUCUCAAUGCCAAUGGUGCAAAGGCCACUGGAAACGCUGCAGUGAAUGCGGGCCUUUUCAACGCCAGGGCCGGGACUUCGUCGGCCGAUGUUACCGGUGGUGAUGGUGGAAAGAUUUCCAUUAGCAAGGACUACGAGCAUGUUGAGGCUGCGGAUAUUAACGUCAAUGGAGGCGAGGCUACUCAGUCGGGAUACACCGUCCGAGGCUUCCAGAAUGCUCAGACUUCAGGCAAUGUGAAGAGUGGCAGCGGUGGCACCCUUGACCUCUAA